GGUGUGUAUAAAGUGUGUACAAAGCUGCGUACAUCAAUGAUGGGUUGUUAUCCCAAUUCCCACCAUCCCGCCGAUGCCCAUUUAUUUUCUGGCUGGGUUAUUGGAUGAAAAUGAUGCUUUCGCUAGCCCUCUUCUCCACGCGGAAUCUACUCCUCCAGCAUUACCCCAACAGAUCUGAUAACUGCAGCGCACGGUUGCUCUCCUUCAGUCAUUCCCAACAUCCGCAAUUCAGCAAGAGGUUAACCCUCUGCGCUGAUAGUAAGCCUUCUGCCCAUCGGGGCCGGCUUAUACAAGCUGCAGCGGUCACCUAUGGCGACAUUUUCUGGCGACUAACCACUUCCGUGGUCCUUUUCCUAGGUCUUGGUUUCACCUUUGGCUCCUGCACAUGCCCAGCUCUUUCUUCUCAUGUCACUUUCUCUCCCCAAGCUCACCCUCAAACCUCUAACGAGAAUGGUGAAGGGAAACAAACAACGGAUGUGAUUGAUUUUGAUGAUGAAGAGCUUCAAGCAGCAUUUGAGAAAUGGAAGGACAAAACAUAUGCUCUAACAGUUCCUUUAAGAAUCAUUUCCUUUAGGAACUCAUUUCCUCCCGUAUGGAUCAAGGAUUUUUUGAGUUCUCAAGGCAGGAGAGCGAAACUAUGUCCAGACUUUCGUCGUAGUUCUCAAGACAUAUUUCAUGAACUUUCUAUGGCGUUCGAGAAAGGAGUUGUAAAUAGAAAAUCUGCAGUGGCAGCUGAUGUUGUUGCUCUUGGUGAUGCAUGGCUUAGUUUCGCCAUUAAGAAUGGAUUAAUUGAGCCAAUGCAAAGGGUAGAAGACGAAGACUGGUUUAAAAAUGGGUUAUGUGACAAAUGGAAGGUAUAUUUACAAAGGAGUAAUGAGGGGAAACUAGAUUCUCAAGGGAGGAUAUGGUCUGCUCCCUUCAGGUGGGGAAGCGUUGUUAUAGCUUACAAGAACAGAGAAUUUCAAAAGCAUAACCUGGCUCCUAUUAAUGUAAGGACUGGGAUGAUUUAUGGCGGCCAGAGCUUGCAGGAAGAAUUUCUAUGGUUGAUUCACCACAAGAAAUCAUUGGUGCAGUUCUGAAAUAUAUGGGGGCGUCAUAUAACACAAAAGAUUUGGACUCUGAAGUGACUGGUGGCCGAAAUGCUGUUCAGCAGAAUCUUGCAGCACUAGUUAAACAGGUUCGGCUAUUUGACAGUCAAAACUAUCUUAAAGCAUUUGGGGUGGAAGAUGUAUGGGUAGCUGUUGGAUGGAGUAGCGAUGUGCUUCCUGCUGCCAAGCGGAUGUCAAACAUUGCAGUAAUUGUUCCUAAAUCUGGUGCAAGUUUAUGGGCUGAUUUUUGGGCAAUACCGGCCACCACAAGACUUGCAUCAUCUUAUGAUGAAAUUGGGGGGAGAGUGAGAGGGCCUUCCCCACUAGUGGGCCAGUGGAUAGAGUUCUGUUUACAGUCAGAAAGAGAAUCGCCCUUCAAGGUGGAGGUCAUCCCUGGUGCAACUCCAUAUGCUCUAGAUGGAACCCCACCAUCAGCAGUAGAAGAAAUGGUCUCUCAAGAAGUUGUAGGAAGAAGGCCAAAACUUGACACAAAUCUAAUCGCUUCUGGUGUGCCUCCACCUGAUAUCUUGUCAAGAUGCGAGUUUCUGGAGCCAUUAUCAGACAAGGCAUUGUCUGAUUAUCAAUGGUUGGUAAGCAGUGUGCAUAAACAACAGCCUGAAUCCAGUUUGAUGGGAAGAAUAUUGCACAAUGUCUCUUUUGUUUUGCGCACAUUCCCCCCCUUAAAAUGCAUCAGCGAAAGGGGGUGUAACAAAACAAAAAGAAAAAAUACUCCGUAAUACUUAUGGAAAAGAAAGCAUGUACGAGUAUAUCGUCUGGUGAUUCAUUAACUUUCAAUACUCCGUAAUACAUUGCUUCUGUAGCUCUGUACAAAAUACAAGGAUGGACUCUGUUUGGAAUUAUUUCUACCUUCUCUAACCAAAUUUCAACCAUACUGUUUUAUUUGCUAAAAAAUUGUCAUAUUGAAAGAAAGGUAA